AGCUGUCACUUUAUUAUUGUUAUUGUUUUGAAAUUUAAUAAAUAUUCAACAUUACAUAUUAAAUGUCUCAUUAUGUACCUGUAGUUCUAGCCUCAAUAUGAAAACAUUCCUCUUAACGCUUUUAAUCUAUUUUUUCCUAAUUCCUUAUAUAAAAAGUGAUGAGGAACUUGAAUUGGGGCCCUCAAAGUCAGUCGAUUGUAACACAUUAAGUUUAGGUCAGUAUUUAUGUCCUGACCCCAGUUAUUUCACCGAUCCCAAAAGUGAACCGCUAAUAGACCCUAAAACGCAAGAAAUCUCUGGUUGCACCCCAGAAAAUAAGGCGACAAUCCGGUGCUUGGCUGUAGACGGAUUAGUGUGUAAGGAAACACAAAACAGGACAUUCACAAAAGAAGUGGAUUGCAGAUGGACCAACGGUUAUUCAUUCGAGACGUCCCUACUGCUCUCAAUAUUCUUAGGUAUGUUAGGCUUAGAUCGGUUUUAUUUAGGUUAUCCCGCUAUAGGACUAGCGAAAUUUUGCACUUUCGGUUUCAUGUUUUUGGGGCAACUCAUUGACAUAAUUUUAAUUGCUACACAAGUGGUAGGGCCUGCAGACGGAUCUGCUUAUGUAAUACCUUACUAUGGGGCCAGAGUACAUGUGAUUUAUAGUGAUAACACCACAUAUAAAUUAAGACAAGAUAAUUGGUGAAUAAAAGAGUUGUUUCUUUGAUAA